AUGAUCUUACUCGCACCCUGCACUGCAAGACGGUUGGAUUUCGUGCAUCACUCGGGGCUCUUCCUCCUGCACACCCUGAUCUGGAUUGUCUGCGCGAGCGUCUGCGGAACGGAGCAGUAUUUCAAUGUGGAGGUUUGGUUACAAAAGUACGGCUACCUUCCACCGACUGACCCCAGAAUGUCCGUGCUGCGCUCUGCGGAGACCAUGCAGUCCGCCCUAGCUGCCAUGCAGCAGUUUUAUGGCAUUAACAUGACAGGAAAAGUGGACCGCAACACUAUUGACUGGAUGAAGAAGCCUCGAUGCGGUGUUCCUGACCAGACAAGAGGCAGCUCCAGAUUUAAUGUUCGUCGGAAACGAUAUGCAUUGACGGGACAGAAGUGGCAGCACAAACACAUCACCUACAGUAUAAAGAACGUGACUCCGAAAGUAGGAGAUCCUGAAACCCGCAAAGCUAUCCGGCGAGCGUUUGAUGUGUGGCAGAAUGUAACGCCUCUGACAUUUGAAGAAGUUCCCUACAGUGAAUUAGAAAAUGGCAAACGUGAUGUGGAUAUAACCAUCAUUUUUGCUUCUGGUUUUCAUGGUGACAGUUCUCCCUUUGAUGGAGAAGGAGGGUUUUUGGCACAUGCCUACUUUCCUGGACCAGGAAUUGGGGGAGAUACCCAUUUUGAUUCCGAUGAACCAUGGACGCUUGGAAAUCCUAAUCAUGACGGAAAUGACUUAUUUCUUGUAGCUGUUCAUGAACUGGGACAUGCUUUGGGACUGGAACAUUCCAAUGACCCCACUGCAAUCAUGGCUCCAUUUUACCAGUACAUGGAAACUGACAACUUCAAACUACCUAAUGAUGAUUUGCAGGGGAUCCAGAAGAUAUAUGGUCCACCUGACAAGAUCCCUCCACCUACGAGGCCUCUCCCCACAGCGCCCCCACACCGCUCUAUUCCUCCCGUGGACCCCAGAAAGAACGACAGACCCAAACCCCCCAGGCCUCCCACCGGCAGGCCUUCCUAUCCCGGAGCCAAACCCAACAUCUGUGAUGGGAACUUUAACACUCUGGCUAUUCUUCGACGUGAGAUGUUUGUUUUCAAGGACCAGUGGUUUUGGCGAGUAAGAAACAACAGGGUGAUGGAUGGAUACCCCAUGCAAAUUACUUACUUCUGGAGGGGUUUGCCUCCUAGUAUAGAUGCAGUUUAUGAAAACAGCGAUGGGAAUUUUGUCUUCUUUAAAGGAAACAAAUAUUGGGUAUUCAAGGACACAACUCUUCAACCCGGUUACCCUCAUGACUUGAUUUCUCUUGGAAGUGGGAUUCCACCACACGGUAUUGACUCAGCCAUUUGGUGGGAGGACGUUGGCAAAACCUAUUUCUUCAAGGGGGACAGAUAUUGGAGGUAUAGUGAAGAAAUGAAAACCAUGGACCCUGGCUAUCCCAAACCCAUCACAGUCUGGAAAGGCAUCCCUGAAUCUCCACAGGGAGCCUUUGUACACAAAGAAAAUGGCUUUACGUAUUUCUACAAAGGAAAGGAGUAUUGGAAAUUCAACAACCAGAUACUUAAGGUCGAACCUGGAUAUCCCAGAUCCAUCCUCAAGGAUUUUAUGGGCUGUGAUGGACCGACAGACAGAGAUAAAGAAGGGCACAGCCCUCCAAAUGAUGUAGACAUUGUCAUCAAACUGGACAACACAGCCAGCACUGUGAAAGCCAUAGCUAUCGUCAUCCCCUGCAUCUUGGCCUUAUGCCUCCUUGUAUUGAUUUACACUGUGUUCCAGUUCAAGAGGAAAGGAACACCCCGCCACAUACUGUACUGUAAACGUUCUAUGCAAGAGUGGGUGUGAUGUAGGGUUUUCUUCCCUUUCUUUCUUUUCCAGGAGUUUGUGGUAAACUUGAGAUUCAAGACAAGAGCUGUUAUGCUGUUUCCUAGCUAGGAGCAGGCUGGUGGCAGCCUGGUUCGGGGCUGACCUUGCAAACCCAGAGAGUUGAUAGUCCUGUACACGAGUGGAGACUCGCUCGUGGGGAAGCUUCCAUGAUGCACAGUAUCUGCCGUUCCUCAGUCCUUCUUUGUCUUUCUUUGUCAUUCAGUUAUAGGCCUUUCCUCUGCACGCUCAAUGCCCAGUCAAUUUUCAGGAUUAACUAAAGAAGAGGAAGAAAAAAAAAGAAGAAGAAGAAGAAAAGAUUCUUCUUAAAGCUUUCUUUGAUUAUUUUUCUUCAGAAGUCUGAGCCCAUUUUCGGGGAGAAUAAUGCAAAAUGGAAAACCCACAUUUUUUUUUAACUUUUGCUUAAAAGCAAAGGAAAACAAAUGAAAACGGUUAAACAACAAACUCACAUUUGAACUUUCAGAGAAGUGAAGACCCAAAACAGCUUUGUCUCCAAAGAAGAUAGCUCUCUUCCUGCUCCAGGAAGCCUAGUACACUUCGGAUUUGUCAGGUGGGAGAUACGGAAUACACACGCAGGACUUCAGACUGUUGGGACAGCCAUUUUCCAACAAACAAGGGGCCAAAAUAUCUGCAAUAUAGUAACAGCCUUAAUAAUACAUCCAUUUUUCGUUUUCUACAGCUGUUCUCAGCUACGUCCUCAAUGUCGCAUCACAUUUCUACUCAUAGUUAAAUUCAGACUGGACCUUGACAUUGUUAUGAAGUGUUUCUCAAUUCCUUCCUGCCACCUUCCCAAGACAUCCUUGUGAUACUCUCCCCAAGUUGUAUUAGGCCAUUGCCCCAGGCCUUCCGCGGGUCUGUCAGGAAUAUUCAUGACAAGCAGAGCAAGAAGCAGUAUGUCUCUAAUGUGGUUUAAGUGACAGUUAUUUUCCAAGGAUAUGUGAUACUGGUAAUACAUUGGUGUAACCCUUUGAGAACUAUCAGUGCAGCUUUCAGAGUCUUAGGAUCGCUGUCUGGUAAAUCAGCAAGCUGGGCAAUGGUAAAAACAGGAAAGGGUUCGAGAAGUUCAGGUUUUUAAAACAGAUAUAACCCCAUGUAAUUUUUAAGUGGUUUAUGGUACUACAUAAAUGCUUUUUUUAACAAAAAGAAAUGAUGUUACUUGCCAACAACUUUCCUGGCAAAUAAAAAAGUAUUUUAUUAAGUAUCUUGUAAGAGUGAAAUUUUAUUUAAACAACUGACGAUAAGAGCCUGCCUUUUUAUUCCCUUCUACAUUUUGAAUUUCAGUUUUGAAGUCCACUGCAUGAAUGUCGAUUUCCCUUGGUACAUGCAGUUAGCAUUGCCAUUUUAAAACGAUGACUCUGAGAUUUGCAUGAGUAUCCUUAAGUGCGUUAACUAUUGCAUGUCAGCCAUAGUUCUCAAAGGGUUAAUGUGGCUUCUGGCAUUUAGCCAUCUAUUGGGAUCACUGACAGAGCCAAGAGACCACCAAAGCAUUUCAUUGUUGAGUGUAAUUUGUCAUUACAGCAGUAUUGUCAUUUCCUUGUGACCUGCAGAGCGGGUUUGUAUCAAUAUUUUUUUCCUAGAGAAAAGUCAGCAACUGACAGACCUCUAUUGAUUUCGAGGAGCUGCUUCUUGCAGUGAGAGGCUUUCCAGCCGCUGGGCUGUGAACUUAUUAGAGAUGGUCAGAAGGAAUGCACCCCCGAGUGGGACAUUGGCUUUUUGGGAAAGCCAGCUUUUGAGGGGAUUAGCUUUUGAAACAAUGAACAGCUUGCCUUGAACUUGACUAUCGAUCUGUUGACUGUCAUUAACAACAACUUAAACAUUGUCUUCUGUGAAAAUUUUUUCUUGAAGAGUCCUCUUCUAUGUCGUUGCCCUUUGACCUUUAACUUGCAAACUGGCACAAACCGAAAGAAAUCUGGUGUGGUUUCUCCAUUGGAUUGGUAAUUGUUCUCAGAAAACCUUGUAAGCCUGAGCUGUUUCCUUAGAGCGGAGACAGAGUGCCAUGGGGUUCACUGGAUGGACACUUUGCUUUCUACAUGCACACUCGGAAAACGCCCGAUAGGUAGAAGUCACUUUUAAUUUUCCUUUAGUAUAAUUUCGAGUCUAUAUUCAUCAUUUUGUUACAAAUAUAAAACUAUGGGAGAAAAAAAAAACCUCAAAAUACUUGAACGGCCAGCGUGGCUUUUAUAUAAAGCAGGAAUUUUAUACUAUUGAAAAUUUCUUACUCAUUUGCUAAGAAUACACAUUUCCAGAUGAUUUUUAAUGAGUGUAGGUGUACAUUCUUAUUUGGAAAUGGAAUAGUUCGGCUGCCUUGAAUUUAUAUUUAUACUCAACAUAGCAUGAGAAUUCGAAUGUCUUUCGGUUGAGCUACAUGUUUAUGAAUUGGUUUGGGAAAACGUUUUGUAAAUCCUGGGUGGCAUGCUAAAAAGCCUUGCAGAAUGUUACUUCUUACAACCUGCACAUACAUAAUGUAAAACUGGGGAGGGGGCUAACUAUCACU